UAAAUGAAAGAUCCAGACCUUGAACCAUGUCUUCUCCUUUUAGAUUCUGUCACCCUCCCACCUCUCCCAUCCAGAUCUUCUCACUUCUGGAAACCUCCCUGAGUGUUCCAGCUCGCAGUGGUUUCCCAUGUGGUCUCUGUGCUCCCUCUUAGGCUAUGAACUUCUAAAAAUCAGGUACUCUGCAACCCCAGAGCUUAGCAAAGGGUUGGCUCCAUAAGAGACCUUAAGGAAUAUUUGUCUCAAUCAGUAGUUAGAUUUACUCCUUGGUGAUAAUGAAUGAUUGCUUUUCUCUUUUUGUUAUUCCUUGGAGAAUUUCUCUGGUUUGGGCCCAAGACACAUACCAAGGUCCAGUGGAAGUGACUGUGAACCAGGCUAUUCCAUAGUUGAAGCAGGCUGUUUAUAGAGAGAAAAGAGGAGCUUCUUCCCUCCCUGUUCCCUGGGGUCUGUGGCUUUAGCUCACCGUGGCUGAGCUGAGCUGUACUUAGGAACUCAACUUUGUUGGGGAGAAGAAAGGUCACUUUGGAGCUCAGAGCAGUCAGAGGGCGCUAGGCCCUGGGUUAGAAUUGUUGGAACUGCAGACCAGUUUCUCCCACCCUGGUGUUUGGACUUUACAAGGCAAGAAGUUUUCUCAGCAGGCAGGCCCUGCCCUGAAAGCAUCCAUAGAAGUGCUGGACUUUACCGUUGUUAGCAAUGGUGGGCCUGCUGUGGAAACAGAGUCGCAAGGCCCAGGUGAUUAGCAAUCUAUUUCUCCAUGGACCUUAUGUAUGCAAAUAUAGCGAGAAGGAAGGAGGCCUCAAGAACUAGUUACAGCAAAGCCUCUCUACUUCCAGUCCUGAUGACACCCAGCCAUACUCAUCUUUUGCUAUAGCCGCAAGAGCAAUCUAGGGGCCCACACAACCUAGUUUAGAGGCUAUUUCUAUUUCCGGAUAAUUGCUGAGGGUACACUUUCUUUUUACACAACAGGACCCUCUUCUCUAUGACAGGGAGGAACAAAGUGCUGUGCACAUACGCUGCUCUUACUGUGUAGUCACUACUUGGCCAACAGCAUCACAUAUGUAUUAGUUCCUCCAAGGCAUUUUGCUGGAUGAAUGGACCAAUGGAAGUGGCAAACCUGCUAGGUGUUCACCCCCUUGGCCUAAAGUUCCCCUUUCACCAGAACUGAGGAGAGAUCUCCAGGGAGAUGAUGUUAAUUGACACAACUUUUCAAAAAGCAGUUUGGCAAUGUGUAGCAAGAGCCAUAAAAAUGUUCAUACUUUUUGACCAAACACCCCCACUUCUGGGAAUCUGUCCUAAGGACAUUCUCCAAAUGAUUGAUACAAAGACUAUGUAGUAACAUGAAAUGUUUGUGAUGUAAUCAUAAACAAGUCUGGAAGAAUUGACCAAGAAAUUGGCCAGAGAUAAUAGUAGUUGUGUUAGAGUAAUGAGUUUACUGGAGAUUCUUUUUCUCUUUCCCAAACUUCACAUGCUAGUAUAUUGAUUUUACCCUCCUCUGCCACUCAGCGUUAAUCAGUCAGGAACCUGCAGAAACACACUCAAGAGGCCAGACAAUUGAUGAAAGUUUAAUAAAGGGACUAGGCUCUGUUUCCAAGUCACUUCCAAGACUGGUUUGUGCAACUCUCAAAUGACUCACUCAACAAUCAUUGAGCACCUACUUACUCUCUAGUGAGGGAAGCAGACUUUCAAGUACAUAAAUUGUAUCAUGUGCAAUAAUAAAUAUAUAAAUUGAGUGUUAUAAGGCGCACAAAGAAAGAAGCAACUAUCCGUUAGGAGGGGUGGUGUGACUCAGGGAAGACUUCAAAAGCAGAUGGUUGGUUCAUGUUCAGUUUUGGGUCUUUUUUUUUUUUUCCAGGCAGUGCUGCGAGGCUUACAGUAUCUUAGUUCCCCGACCAGGGAUUGAACCCCGGGUCCUCGGCAGUGAAAGCGCGGAGUCCUAACCACUGGACCGCCAGGGAAUUCCCUCAUGCUCCGUUUUGAAGGUGGUCUGCCAAAACGAGAGGGCCACAUGUACAAAGGCAGAAAUACAUGGAAUAACAUGCUGUCAUCAGAUUCGCAUUUUAGAGAGAUGACUGGCCUCAGUGGAGAGAGUGGACUGAAGGGGGAGAGAAUGGAGGCAGAGAGUUGUGAAAAGCAGUCUUUGGGUCUUGGCUGGGUCGGCCAGCAGAUACCUUUUCUCAGCAUUGGUCUCUCCUGACUUACAUUUGGCCAACGCAUCGCCUCUCCGGGUUCUCCCUCCCUCCCUCCUCCUCCCCGAGGGCAGGCAGGCGGGGGGGGGGGGGGGGCGGGCGGGGAAGCGAGGAGAGGGGUGGCCCUGCCUGGGUGGUCUCCUGCCCCGCCCCCCGCGGCGCCGUUGCCUAGCAACGGAUCCGGCCGCGCAGCUCCGGGUAAUUUGCCGGCGACUAAGCCAAAGGGAGGGCGUAGCCCCGGCCCUUCCCUUUUUCUUGGACUACAGACGCCUCCUCGGCACUGCGGUCGCCACCUCGAGCCGCGCCGGGCGUCGCGUAGCUGUUCCUGCACGCGGGACCGACUCCGGCUCGGCGCCCCGGGCCCGCACCGCCCUGCACUCCUACAGCUCACGGACGCCACUGUACACCCGUACCCGCGGCUAAGCGGCCCCACUGAAUUCCGACGCGGGACCUCGCGGUACGCGGGACCAGGCCAGCCUAUGGGGGCUCCCAGAUAACGCGGGUUGGGGGCGCCCAUGCCCCCCAUCCCCGCCAGCAUGGCUCGGCCGCCACCCCUCGGGGAGCUGCCCCCGGGCUACACACCCCCAGCUCGAUCUGCAGCACCCCAGAUCCUAGCUGGGAGCCUUCAGGCUCCACUCUGGCUUCGUGCUUACUUCCAGGGCCUGCUCUUCUCUCUGGGCUGCGGGAUCCAGAGACACUGUGGCAAAGUGCUCUUCCUGGGACUUUUGGCCUUUGGGGCCCUAGCACUGGGUCUCCGCGUGGCCAUCAUUGAGACAGACCUAGAACAGCUCUGGGUGGAAGCGGGCAGCCGGGUGAGCCAAGAGCUGCAAUACACCAAGGAGAAGCUGGGGGAGGAGGCUGCAUACACCUCCCAGAUGUUGAUACAGACCCCGCGCCAGGAGGGGGAGAAUGUCCUCACGCCUGAGGCACUUGGCCUCCACCUCCAGGCAGCCCUCACCGCCAGUAAAGUGCAAGUAUCACUCUAUGGAAAGUCCUGGGAUUUGAACAAAAUCUGCUACAAGUCAGGAGUUCCCCUAAUUGAAAAUGGAAUGAUUGAGCGGAUGAUUGAGAAGCUGUUUCCCUGCGUGAUCCUCACCCCCCUCGACUGCUUCUGGGAAGGAGCCAAACUCCAAGGGGGCUCUGCCUACUUGCCGGGCCGCCCCGACAUCCAGUGGACCAACCUGGAUCCAGAGGAGCUGCUGGAGGAGCUGGGCCCCUUUGCCUCCCUUGAGGGCUUCCGGGAGCUGCUAGACAAGGCACAGGCUCCCAAUGUGGCUCAGGAGUUGAGCGGGGGCUGCCAUGGCUUCUCCCACAAGUUCAUGCACUGGCAGGAGGAACUGCUGCUGGGAGGCCUGGCCAGAGACCCCCGAGGACAGCUGCUGAGGGCAGAGGCCCUGCAGAGCACCUUCCUGCUGAUGAGUCCCCGCCAGCUCUAUGAGCACUUCCGGGGCGACUACCAGACACACGACAUCGGCUGGAGCGAGGAGCAGGCCAGCACGGUGCUGCAGGCCUGGCAGCGGCGCUUCGUGCAGCUGGCGCAGGAGGCCCUGCCUGGGAACGCGUCCCAGCAGAUCCACGCCUUCUCCUCCACCACCCUGGAUGACAUCCUGCACGCCUUCUCUGAAGUCAGCGCUGCCCGCGUGGUGGGAGGCUACCUGCUCAUGCUGGCCUACGCCUGCGUGACAAUGCUGCGGUGGGACUGUGCUCAGUCCCAGGGUGCCGUGGGCCUCGUCGGGGUGCUGCUGGUGGCCCUGGCGGUGGCCUCGGGCCUCGGGCUCUGCGCCCUGCUUGGCAUCGCGUUCAAUGCCGCCACUACCCAGGUGCUGCCCUUCUUGGCACUGGGCAUUGGCGUGGAUGACAUAUUCCUGCUGGCACAUGCCUUCACAGAGGCUCCACCUGGCACCCCUCUCCAGGAGCGCACAGGUGAGUGUCUGCAGCGCACAGGCACCAGCGUUGCACUCACAUCCAUCAACAACAUGGUCGCCUUCUUCAUGGCUGCCCUAGUUCCCAUCCCUGCACUGCGGGCCUUCUCCUUGCAGGCGGCAGUAGUGGUUGGCUGCAACUUUGCAGCCGUGAUGCUUGUCUUCCCAGCGGUCCUCAGCCUGGACCUGCACCGGCGCCACUGCCAGCGCCUUGAUGUGCUCUGCUGCUUCUCUAGCCCCUGCUCUGCUCGGGUGAUUCAGAUUCUGCCCCAGGAGCUGGGGGAUAGGACAGUACCAGUGGGCAUUGCUCACCUGACUGCCACUGUUCAGGCAUUUGCGCACUGUGAAGCCAGCAGCCAGCAUGUGGUCACCAUCCUGCCUCCCCAAGCCCACCUGGUGCCCCCACCUUCUGACCCACUGGCCUCUGAGCUCUUCAGCCCAGGAGGGUCAACACGGGACCUUCUAGGCCAGGAGGAGGGGACAAGGCAGAAGGCAGCCUGCAAGUCCCUGGCCUGCGCCCGCUGGAAUCUUGCCCAUUUCGCCCGAUCUCAGUUUGCACCCUUGCUGCUCCAGUCCCACACCAAGGCCAUGGUGCUGGUACUUUUUGGGGCUCUUCUGGGCCUGAGCCUCUAUGGAUCGACCUUGGUGCAGGAUGGGCUGGCCCUGACAGAUGUGGUGCCUCGGGGCACCAAGGAGCAUGCCUUCCUGAGCGCCCAGCUCAGGUACUUCUCUCUGUACGAGGUGGCCCUGGUGACACAGGGUGGCUUUGACUACGCCCACUCCCAACGCGCCCUCUUUGAUCUGCACCAGCGCUUCAGUUCCCUCAAGGCGGUGCUGCCCCCACCGGCCACGCAGGCACCCCGCACCUGGCUGCACUAUUACCGCAACUGGCUACAGGGAAUCCAGGCUGCGUUUGACCAGGACUGGGCUUCUGGACACAUCACCCACCACUCAUACCGCAAUGGCUCUGAGGAUGGGGCCCUAGCCUACAAGCUGCUCAUCCAGACUGGGGAUGCCCAGGAGCCUCUGGAUUUCAGCCAGCUGACCACAAGGAAGCUGGUGGACAAGGACGGGCUGAUUCCACCUGAGCUCUUCUACAUGGGGCUGACCAUGUGGGUGAGCAGUGACCCCCUGGGUCUGGCAGCCUCACAGGCCAACUUCUACCCCCCACCUCCCGAGUGGCUGCAUGACAAGUACGACACCACCGGGGAGAACCUUCGCAUCCCCGCGGCCCAGCCCCUGGAGUUUGCCCAGUUCCCCUUUCUACUGCGCGGCCUCCAGAAGACUGCAGACUUCGUGGAGACCAUUGAGGGGGCCCGGGCAGCGUGUGCCGAGGCAGGCCGGGCCGGGGUGCGCGCCUACCCCAGCGGCUCCCCCUUCCUCUUCUGGGAGCAGUACCUGGGCCUGCGGCGCUGCUUCCUGCUGGCAGUCUGCAUCCUGCUGGUGUGCACUUUCCUCGUCUGCGCCCUGCUGCUGCUCAACCCCUGGGCAGCUUCCCUCAUAGUACUGGUCCUGGCAGUGAUGACCGUGGAGCUCUUUGGCAUCAUGGGUUUCCUGGGCAUCAAGCUGAGCGCCAUCCCCGUGGUGAUCCUUGUGGCGUCUGUAGGCAUUGGUGUCGAGUUCACGGUCCAUGUGGCUCUGGGCUUCCUGACCUCCCAGGGUAGCCGGAACCUCCGGGCUGCCCGGGCCCUAGAGCACACAUUGGCCCCGGUGACCGAUGGGGCCAUCUCCACAUUGCUGGGUCUGCUCAUGCUUGCUGGUUCCAACUUUGACUUCAUUGUAAGGUACUUCUUCGUGGUGCUGACAGUACUCACACUCCUAGGCCUCCUCCAUGGGCUCGUGCUGCUGCCUGUGCUGCUGUCCAUCCUGGGCCCCCCACCAGAGGUGGUACAGAUGUACAAGGAGAGCCCAGAGGUCCUGAGCCCACCAGCUGCACAAGGAGGAGGGCUCAGGUGGGGGGUAGCCCCCACCCUUCCCCAGAGCUUUGCCAGAGUGACUACCUCCAUGACCGUGGCCCUCCGCCCACCUCCACUGCCUGGUGCCUACAUCCACCCAGCCACUGAAGAGCCUACUUGGUCCCCUGCUGCCACACCAGCUGCCAGUGGCUCCAGCAACCUUAGUUCUAGGGGACCAUGUCCAGCCAUCUGAUGAAAGAGCAGCUGAAGCAUGGAGACCCCGUUCAGGCCACAUGAAGGCACUGGGAAGCCGUGGGGUGUUACUGAACGCAGGGCAGACUCCUGGGGAGCCCUGCUGCUGCUGCUGUCUGCCUCCAUCCCCUCCCCGACCCAGCCAUCACAGACCUCCCUGGGAUCCACACAAAACCACCACCCUCUAGGCUGUGAGCAGCCUUGCACACCCGGGUGCUCCGUGCCUGUGCCCGUGCCCGGGUGGGGUGAAAGCCAGCAAGCACUUCAGGCUGCAGUGCAGCCCUGUCCCCCCUCCCACCCCACCCUGCUGCCCCCAGCAGACCAAGCCUGAGGGAUCCUCUAGCACCCUUCACCAGUCCUGGUCCCCCACUGCUUGCUGACUCCUGGGUAGGCUCUCUGUAUCCCUGCCCACCUCUCACCACAUAAAUUAUUUAUAUGGAGACGUUUAUUUUUGUAGUUUGUAUAGAUGUUAGCUAUGC